GCCACCCGGUUGUCUCUCGCGUGCGAUCUCAGUGGGAGUCCGUCCGCCGCCAUGGCUGUUCGCGCGUGUACCUUUCUCCUGGCGAUAGCCCUCGCACACGCGUUCAUAGACGAAGCUGUCGACGUCAUCAAACUCGGCAAAGAAAUAGGCGAGGAAGUGCUGAACUCAUGGGACAUUUUAGGAAAACCUUUAAAUUUAUCAGGAGGUGUGGACCUGCCCAUUAUACGGCGGAGGGAAAGAAUAGUUCUGUCGCGAUUGGCUCUGAUCACCCGGAAGAUAGAACUCCUCGAAACGGGGAUAGAAAAGACGAAUGCUGUGGCGAUGCUGUUGGCGAAAGCGGCGGGCAGAGGGCCGAGAUUGGAACUGAGGCUGCACGAGAUGGCAGAUCUGCUUAACCGCGUCGCCUCUGCUGAUCGCGAGAUGAGGGAGUAUGUGCGGCUGCAGAAGGAGUUGGAGCGAUCUACGCUGGAGGACUUCGCGGAGUGGUGCGUCUCUCCCGACCGUAGCGCGCUGCCGGGCCUGCUGGAAAGAGUUCAUUCGCUGAUCGCGCCCCCGCAUAAACACUGGUUGGGACGAGGCAUUUUAGAUCUGGCCCUGGAUGAUUUGCAGGAGGAGCACCCUGACUUAUGCGAGCUGCAACUCUCGCCCCAUCAGCUCAUCUACGAUAUGUACAACACGAUAUCGCUCACUGAAAUCAAGGGAUACGCCAUGAUGCAAUUCUCGUGGAUGCUGCUCAGGAUAUACGGCAAAGGCAACUUUACGCAAGAAGCAAGUUUGACAAGGCAAAGGUAUGGAGAAAGGACAUCUCGGACGGCUGCCGCUGCAAGGGCCGCUUUGGCCAUAGCCAGGAGGGAUUUGUAUCGAUGCGACCCCCCAGAGCAUAAGAUAGGAGAAACGUACGAGGAGGUGACUCGUUUACUGCAAGGCUACAUAGAGAACGAAGUUGACAUGAACAAGGACAACACGUGCAGAGAGGACUGCGCACACUACACCUUGGCGGAACACCACACAUGUUUCAAAGACCAGUUCUGCGCUAAACAAACGGCUUGCAACGGCAGAAUCAUCGACUGCAAAUACAUAGACUCGGACAUGUGGGUCUGCAGAGCGGGGAAAAACAGCAAUCGCCGAUACGAAUGGAUCGAAUAUGAAAACGGUAGAACAUUGGGAAAAGCCGGCAGUUGCACACGUGGUACGACAAAGGUGGACUCCUGGUGGAAAUGGAACCUCCUUCACUGCUCAUACUGCAUGUGUCUUUGCGAAGACGAUAUCGGAUCCUCUGAACGUACUUUCAGCUUGCGAGAAGUUAUAGCUGAUAUUACCAACAACAAGGUAGUGACCGGACUACGGCUUGUUAAACACGGCCGAGUUUUCCACCUUCAGAUAAGCGAAGGAACUUUAGGCGAGAGGGGUUCGAUCACACCUGGCAGCUGGGUACCGUUACAGAAGUUCGACAUUUCAGAUCCCGGUAUUAGGGAUGGAGAAGACUACCAUACGUUGUCCUACGAGAAAAGGGCUAUCGACUUGGACGAGUUGGAUUCGCCGACUGGAUACAUCCUAACCGGUGUCAGAUUCCGCAUGAUCGGUGCACAUUUGCACUUCGAGAUACGAUCAACGCCUUUUAACUACACCACUGGCAGAUUAGCGCCCGACAGAAGUCAGUGGAUUAGUAAUGACAACACGGAGGGCGCAGACGUACCGCGGUCUCGGUUGGAACUGAUCAGACCGGACAUACCGACGCGCAGUGCCACGCCUCUCCCCGUGGACUCGAAGCACGACCAAUACGUAGAAUUUACACACAGCGACUUUGACGCAGACGCGGCGCAGAGCACCGUGCCGUUUAUAGACAUCCAGCCACUUGAGCCUAUCAAAGGUACAGCGCUAAUAAGUGGUGCGGGUAUCAUCCACCGAGGCGCGCACGGUACAGGCGGGUUCAUAGCGGCGAAGCUCUUCACUUACGACUACUCGCGCCACGUUAAGGCAGAGUCACCGCCACCGAUUGUGGACAUAGAGGCAGAAAAGGAGUUGGUGCUGCCCGCCAAUCGCUUUUAGUUUAAUUUAGACUAUUGUCAUACGUGUAAUGAGUACGUGGUGGGUCAAAUCGACAAGGCAACGAAUGAAUCGGAGUCGCUCUACUGCCCUAGAUGCCUGCGGUAGACCGGUUCGGCUUUGCUCGCUCGCCGCCUCCUCAAUGAGUACACAAACAAGUGGACUCCCUAUAAACUCAUUAAACAUAUGCUCAUGAUAUAACUAAGUAAUUAAUAUACUCAUCUCAAAUGUAGCAUAGGUUAUUUGAAAAAUAAAUUUUUGAUUUAAGUGUG